AUUCGAUAUUGCAUUUGAUCGAGUAGUGUCACUGAAAUCGAGUAUUAUUUUUAUUUAUCAUUUCUGUGUGCAAAAGUGGAAAAAUAACAAAACAAACGUGCAAAAAACCGUGAAAAACGCAAAGCGCAAUUCGGGGACGAAACACGCGACAAAGGCAAGCUUGCGCUAAACGCGGGCAACGUAACAGAAACGUGAAAAGAAAAACGCCAGCAGCAGUACGUCGAAGAUGAGCGAAGAAGAAGAAGGACGGCAGCAGCAGAAGCAGAAGCAAUAAUAGAAAUAACUAAAAAACGCGAAAACGAUAAUAAUAAUAAUAAAAGAAGUGUAAAAAACUGUAAAAUCUCCCAAUCUCUGUGGCUCCCCCCGCACGCCCGCCCGCGUGCCUAUUUGUGUGCCUGUGUGUGUGUGCUUAUAAGAAUUCUGCUGCCUCUCUGCGGCUGUGUGCCUGCGAGUGUGUUGGUGAGUGUGAAAAACAAAAGCCAAAAAAUCGGAGCAAAGAAUAUAUAGAAAUCAAGGAAAUGCAAUAUAGAAACGGCCGCCCCAGCCACCCCAGCCCCAGCCGCCGCCGCUGCUGUUGCUGCUGCUGCGUGCUGUAAUCCCAAUUGGGAGCCGUGUGUGUGUGUAUUUGCGACUGUGUGUGUGCGUGUGAAAAAGAGGUCAAAGGCGCAACAAAAGUUUUUCACUUCAUGCGGUAACCACACAAAAAAAAAAGUUUAGAAUAAAAAAUAAAAAACAACGUCGCAGUUCUGCGUUAAAACAAUAAACCUGUCCCUGCCCGAGUGUGCGUGCGCGUGUGCAGGUGUGUGCGUGUGUUUGUGUCGGUGUGUAAGAGCGAGCAAACAACAACAGAAAGAAAAAAAAAACAUCAGUUGUUAAAAUAAUUUCGGAUUUAAUCACACAACUGCCGCCGACUCAAAAUCAAAAUCUGGUUUUAUCAGGCGACGCAAAAAACGCAAAAGGCAAGCGGCAACCAACAACAGCAACAAAAAAGCGCCAAAAAAUUAAAUUCUUCUAUACGAGAUUUUAAUCAAGCAAGCCGAGAGCGGGAGCAACAUUCAGAGAGAGAGUGAGAGAGCAAAGGAAUUUUUGUUCUUCCUCCUGCAGACACAACACAUCCUCCACAAUGGCCAAUCCGCGCAAGUUCAGUGAAAAGAUUGCGCUGCAAAAGCAGAAGCAGGCGGAGGGCACUGCGGAAUUCGAGCGGAUCAUGAAGGAAGUAUAUGCCACAAAGAGAGACGAACCGCCGGCUAACCAGAAGAUCCUAGAGUGUCUGGGUGGCGGUCAGGAGGUGAGCCAAGCCUCGCCAGGAGCGGGCAACGGUUCAGGCGGCGGUGGCGGCAGUGGGUCUGGCAGCGGAGCCAGUGGAGGCGGUGCCUCGCCAGAUGGCGUAGCAGGCGGUGGUGGUGGUUCCCCAACCGCCUAUCGCGAGUCCCGUGGACGCAGCGUGGGUGUGGGACCCAUGAGGAGACCCUCAGAGCGCAAACAAGAUCGCUCGCCGUAUGGCAACAGCAGCACGCAGCAGACUUUGGACAAUGGCCAACCCAAUCCGCAUCUUCUUGGACCGCCCACAGCGGACAGCUUGUGGCGUCGCUCCAGCUCAGACUCGGCCCUGCAUCAAAGCGUGGCGGAGGCGGGCUUCAACACGGACUACUACCAGCAGCAACAGCAGCAGCAUCAGCAGCCGGUCCAGCAACGAUCUCACUCGCCGCACCAUGCGAUAGGCAGGAGCUUUAGUCCGCAGGCGCAGCGCAGGAAGUCACCGCUGCUUCAGCCACAUCAGUUGCAGUUGCAGCAGCUCCAGCAACAGCAACAACAGAUGCAGCAGCAGCAUCAGCUGCACCAGCAACUCCAAAUGCAGCAGCAGCAACAGCACCAACAGCAGCAGCAGCUGCAACAACACCAGCAGCAACAGCAACAACAGCAGCAGCAGCACACAACGUCAUACAAUAACGCCAAAUUCCCAAACUCGCUGUUCCGACCGCUGCAGGAUCAGGCUAGUUAUGCCAAUACCGGCUCCCUGCCCGAUCUCACAGCGCUGCAGAAUUAUGCACCACAACAGCAGCAACAGCAACCUCAGCAACAACAACAACAGCAGCAGCAACAACAGCAAUUGCAGCAAACUCUAUCGCCCGUCAUGUCACCGCACAAUCAUCGUCGCGAAAGGGAUCAAUCGCCCAGUCCGUUUAGUCCGGCGGGGGGAGGAGGAGCCGGUCCCGGGUCACCUUAUCACCAGCAGCAGCACUCGCCCACCAGCAACACACAACAGCAGCAGCAGCAACCCAGCAGUUCGCCGCACCUGUCCUUUACCAAUCUGGCCACUACGCAGGCGGCGGGCUCCACAUUUAACCCGCUGCCCACAUUGGGACCGCACAAUGCCACCGAUUACCGCCAGCCACCGAAUCCGCCUAGUCCGCGUUCCUCGCCCGGCCUGCUUAGCAGUGUCUCGGCCACGGAUCUGCACUCGAGUGCUCCGGCUAGUCCAAUACGCCAGCAGCAACAGCAACAGGCACAACAACAGCAGCAGCAACAGGCACAGCAGCAGCAGCAGGCGCACCAGUUCGAUGCCUCCUACAACAGUCUGAAUACCUCGUUUCACAAUCAGUUUGAGAUCUUCUCGCUGGGCGAUAGCAAUUCCUCUCCCGAGCAGCAGGGCUUUGCCAAUAACUAUGUGGCCCUGGACUUUGAUGAGCUGAGUGGCGCCGAUGGAAACGGUGGCUCUGGUAGCAAUGGCGGUGGUGGCCUGACCAACGGUUACAACAACAAGCAACAGGAGCUGCUGGACUUUGGCGAGCUGAGCGGCAGUCCAGAAGCGAGUGGGAACAACAAUAAUAUGCGACGCGGUCAGGUGAGCAACCUGAACAACAACGGGCUGAGCAACGGCGUGGUGGGAUCGACGCACAAUGGCAGCACAAAUCUGAAUGGAGCGGGGAACAAUAAUAGUAGCAGUAGUGGUGGUGGUGCGAACUCGGGUGGCGGUGAUCCUUUGGGUAUCACAGCAUCGCCUAUUCCCUCACCUUUAGGAUGUCCCAGUUCACCGCUGCCUAUACCCAUGUCGGCACAAGGAUCGCCGCAACAGCAACAUCAUCAUCACCAGCAGCAGCACCACCAGCAUCAUCAUCAUCAUCAGCAGCAGCAACAACAACAGCAGCUUCAUCAGCAGCAGCAAUUAUCCUUAUCACUGCAUCAUUCUCCGCAUCAUUCGCCCAUGCAUUCGCCGCACCAUGGGAACUCGCCGCUCUCGAGCAGCUCGCCAGUGAGUCACAAUGCCUGCUCCAACUCCAACAAUGUGGUGAUGAACCACCAUCAACAGCAGCAGCAACAACUCCACCAUCAUCAUCAGGGAUCCUCGCAGAGUCACACGCCGACCACAGCGAAUAUACCCUCGAUUAUCUUUAGUGAUUACUCCUCCAAUGCGGACUUUUCGCGUGAAAUCUUCGAUAACCUGGACCUGGAUCUGGGCCAAAUGGAUGUGGCCGGUCUGCAGAUGCUCUCCGACCAGAAUCCCAUUAUGAUUGCUGAUCCCAAUAUCGAGGAUAGUUUUCGACGCGACCUCAACUGAUACUAUGAGGAGGCUGUUGCGGCCAUUGAGAGCGGUGUGCUGCUGGAGGAUACCUACCAGGAGCUGCUAGGAUCGGAUGACCAACCGGCAACAGUUGAGGCAGCGGCAGCAACAACAGUUGAAGCGGCAGCAGAGGCAGCAGCAACAGUUAGCGACAAGGACAAGAAGGAGCUGGAAGUGGUGGAGCUGCUGGUGUCUGGGGUAAUGGAUGACCUGGUCGACUCCAGUGACCUAGACGAAGAGGUGCGCAACUUCUUCUUUUAGGUGAGAUUUCCAUUUUUAAGUUAGCGGAAGCCAAAAUGGGACCCUAAAUGAUUCAUUCAGCUUAAUGUCCAGAAAUUAAAAUCGAAAGCUAAAGUUCACUUCCGCAAAAUCAUGCUGAAAAUGAAAGUUAAAACACAGGCCCCCCGUAUAUUGUUAUCUCGUUAUCGUCCGUGCUUUCGUAGCUAGCUCUUACAAAAAAACAAAAAAAAACCAAGAAAAAUAUAAAAAAAGCAAAAAACAUUUGUUAACCCCUAAGUGUACUUGAGUGUCUUUUUACACCCUCUUUCCUCCUUACAAAAAAAAGUAAAAAAAGAAAUCCCUAAAGCACCCCCUGAACGAAAGCGAAAAACUUUUUACAGCGAGUCUCAGAUUUUACUUAACUACGCACAUAAGUCACCAUACAAUUUUACACACAUAUUUAAGAUCUAAUUUCUGUAUAUAAAAAAGAAAACAAAUAAUAUUUAAAGGGGAAAAAGAGAGCGAUAGAAAGAAUUGAAACCAAAAAGUGUCUUAGACCAACGACCAAAAUUAUAUUCUCUAUACAAAAAAACAGAAAACCGAGAAUAGAGAAACGCCAUUGAGCCAUAGAAUCCCUGGGAAAUAAUAUGCCAUCUAUCUCUAGGUCACAGACCCCAAUUUCGGUUCGUUUGUUUUAGUUUUUCUUUUUCUUUUCGAUCCUGAAAAAUAUAGCUAGCUAAUUAUUAAAACAAGUCGCCCUUUACCUUACUUCUAAAUAUACAUAUAUAAUCCCAAUGUGCCGUCGAAGCAAUUACUAGUGUUUAAGAUAAACCGAUAUCGAAACCGAUCCCCUCAGUGUAAAGUGCUGUCAAAGUCUUCAGAGAACCCACACACAUUUCGAAUACAAAAAGCGAUAGAUAGAUGAAUGUACAGAUUCGAGACAACACCCUUAUUCUUCAACAUAAACGCAGUAUCACAAAUUAAACGAGUAUAUAACCAUAUAUAGCUAAAGAUAUAUAUAGUGGAUAGUCCAGGCACAAGUGCAGCUCAACUGCUGCUCCGACAAAUUUUACGAAACAAGAAUCAAAAUCGAACUCAAAAGCAAAACAAAAAAACUUGAUAAAACUAAAGGAAUUUUUCUACAAAAUCUUUAACACAAUAGUAGAUAGGUUUUUUCCAAAACAAAUCGAAAUCGAACUCCUUUUCCAAACACCUAACUAUCGAAGAACCACACUAUAAAUACCGCCAGAAACCUACUUAAAUCCUUUUUUAUUUCCAAAAUCUUUUUUUAUUAAACUAAAAGUAACAAAAUAAACAUAAGAGAGUCAAAUCAAAGAAAGCUUUAUGGCCAGCAACCAACAAUAAGGAGAAUGGAAAUAGCUAGGAUAAGGCGAUCCUGAGAACCUGAACCCGAAACCCUUGAUAUAAUACUUACUGUUUAUAAAUAAUACGAAGACCCACAACCACACACAAAUCAUUGAGUCUAAAUCUACUUAAUAAAUGUAACAACAACAAAAUGGGAAGAGAAAAAUUAACAAUACUUAAAUUUAAAAGAAUGCUUUAAAAGUGCAAAGUGAAAAUAAUGUUUUAUUUAAUUCGAGAACUUAUACAUAUUAUAUUACAAGAUAAAUGGUUAAUAUUAGUAACGAAGCAUGUUUUUGCUAAUAAAGCCUCCGCCCCCCCACUCCCCUCCCAACAAAACGAUUUCCUUUUUUUAAUUAUCGAUGUAACUCUAGUUAUAAACUAAACUUAAAGUGAGAGACGAGGUAAAAACAACGCGAAAACUUUACAAGCGACACAAAAAAUAUAUAAAAACGACGAAAAAAAAAUAUAUAUAAAAUAUAAAUGUAAUUUAAAGAUGUAAUUUAUGUGGGAAACGCGCAAAAUAUAUAUAUACAUUUGUCUCUGCUGUUUUGUGUUAAAAUCUACACGUAAAUAAAACAAAAAAAAAGAACUUGAAGAAUUAUAAUAAUACUAGUUAAGUGAGAGAGAAAUGCUAAUUAUAAAUUAUACUAUUAUUAUUAUAUACGAUAUAUGAAGUAAGUAAUUGUGUAUGUAAUAUAUAAUUACAUUUAUAUAAAAAAAAAACCAAUACCGGUUCAUCAACAACAGCAGAAAAAACCGCGUGAGAAAUUAAGAAAACCCGAGGAGAAUAAGCCAUAAGAUUAUAUUCAAUGUAAUAACACAGUUAUUUGUUUCAAAUAAAUCUUAAAUUUGAUUUUAAAGUCCA